AACGUAAACAAUCAACAAUGUGAUUACCUUCGCUUGUUUAUUCUUUCUCCGAAAACUGAAUCUUCCGAUUCAUUCGUCUCUGAAAACGUGAAAAAUAGCACUUAGCAGUUCGUUGCAAUAAAGAUGCCUAUUUUAGCGGAGCUUGCCGGCGAUGAGAACGUGGGGGAACGAUCACGUACAUUCGUUUUCGAGGAUGAAGGCCAUACCUUGGGAAAUGUGUUGAAGAGUAUUAUCUGCAAGUAUCCCGAUGUCAACUUCUGUGGCUAUACCGUACCGCAUCCGGCAGAGAAUAAAAUGCAUUUCCGCAUCCAGGCAGUCAAUAACGUUCGAGCGGUAGAUGUGCUACGACGUGGAUUGGAAGACCUGGAAAAAGUGUGUGAUCACACCAUAGAAACAUUUGAAGCUGCUGUUGAAGCGCAUCAACAGGUUUAGUUGAAGUUAGAUGUGUAGGUUGUAUUAAAUUUUGUAAAUUGUACAUUAAAAAAAAAUAAACCGUUUUUUUCCACGGGCUUUAUUUUUGUUUGU